AUUUUGUCAGAACUCAGAAGUCAGAAUAUAACUAAUAUUUAUUUUGUAUAGCUAGAAAAAUAAAUCCUGUUGAAAUAUUUUUCGUGUUUAAAUUUUGAAUUAUAGUUGGUGAAAUGCCUUCGAAGCAAAGAAAAAUUGCUAUGAUGGGCUACAGAUCCGUCGGCAAAUCCUCUCUGAUUAUACAAUUUGUGGAAGGACAAUUCGUUGAUUCCUAUGAUCCCACCAUUGAGAAUACAUUCACAAAAUUCAUUCGACUUAACUCCACUGAAUAUGAAGUUAAACUGGUAGACACAGCUGGUCAAGAUGAAUAUAGUAUAUUUCCCCUGCAGUACAGCAUGGAUUUUCAUGGAUAUGUUCUGGUGUACUCAAUAACUUCAAGUAAAAGUUUUCAAAUUGUACAGAUAAUCUACGACAAACUCUUAGAUAUGGUUGGAAAAAUUCAUGUCCCUAUUGUCCUAGUUGGAAAUAAAACAGAUCUACAUUUGGAAAGAAAAAUUAGUACAGAAGAAGGAAAACGCUUAGCUGAAAAAUGGAAUGCUGCAUUUGUUGAAACAAGUGCAAAAAGAAAUGAGUCUGUGACGGAUAUGUUUCAUGCAAUGCUCUCAGAAAUAGAGAGAUCAGAUGGUCACAUACCAGAAAAGAGUGGCUGUGUUAUUUGUUAAUGAUAACUAAAGCAAAGGAAAUGCAUAAGUAAUUGUGAACAAAUCCAGGUGAUAGAUGUAAUAAAAAUGCAAUUGAGUUUAGCUGCUUAGCUACAAUGUGUUCAUUUAACAGAUAACUUAUAAUUUUAAGCUGUAUCCCAUAAAAGAAAAUUCGUAUAAGGUGUACAAUUGGUAAAUGCUAAUUUAGUCAAGUAACAAAUUUUGCAAUGUUUGGAAUAUACCUAACUUUCUUUGUAAUUGUUGAUAUUGCAAGCCCACAAGCAGUUCAAGCUGUCAUGAGCAUAUGUCAUAUUUUGUUAAUCUUAUAUUAAUUAAUUUAAAAUUGUAUUGUCUUUUGUUAACAUGGCUUUUACACAUUAAGAAAACCCCUUUUAAACGGAUUGAAGCUAUGUAUUAUUAUUAUAAACUUAUAAAUUAAAAUUUUCCGACGUUUCACGUGCUGUACAGCGUUCGUGGUCACAGUGACCACGAAAUUAUGUAAAUAAUUAUAAGUUUAUAAUAAUAAUACAUAGCUUCAAUCCAUUUAAAAAGUGUUUUCUUAAUUUAAAAUUGUUAUUUAGUAUGACUUCUGUUUGUAAUAUAUAUUUUAAUGUAUAUUAUUACCGUAUAAACACUAAUUUUAAGUUAGACCUGCCAUUGUAUCUGAAUUUAGUUCAAACUUCUGGUAUUUUAUUACACAUUAAUUAUUAGAAUUUGAGACAUAACAUUCAUAAUAUAGUUUUAAUUAGUUUUGUAUGUAUUGCAAAUUAUCAUACUAUACAUAAUUUACUCACAACGGACCUAUUGAGAGUCUAAGUGGAGAAACUGUAUCCAAAAACUAAUACAUAAUUUAGUGAAUUAAAUCAGAAAAAUGAUAUUUCUCAAAAUCUUAACUUAAUGUAACAAAGGCAGUAAGGUCUAAGAAUUUUUUGUAACACAAUCAAUUUCUAAACAUGCAAUGUGUUAAUUCAGGAUUACUCUUUCAACACAUUUUAUGUACAGGCCUUCUAAUGUAAUAUUUAGACUGUAAAUAUAAGCUCUAAGUUAUAAUUAUGUUAAACUUUGAUUAAAAAUAGCAGCUAUCACUUGCAAUGAUUUUUAUUCUGAACUUAAUAGCAAGUGGUCAAUAAAUAUAUUUGCCUUUGUACACAUAUAUGUAAGAGCAAAAAUUUUGAUUGUUAAAAUCAUGGUACUGAAUGAAGCAUUUAACUCAUAUUUCAUUGGACUCAAAAGUAAAAGAGCCCAUACAAUGUUUUACAAACCUAGAUGCAGCAUAGCUUUUACUGGAAUGGAUAAGCUGUAUGCAAUUGACUAAUGAUUUUGUGCAUUUAAUUGGUUCUUAAGUAGAUAGUAAGUUCAGAUUCAAGAUUAAAUUUAUUCAAAAAAAGCUGUGACCAAGUUUUCCUAAAUAUGACAUAACUGCUAUCAUCUAGUGUCUAUCUAUCUAAUGUCAGUAAAUUGGUGAACGAAUAAUAUUAUGAUUUUUUAAAUUUAAAUUACACUUCAUUAACAUAAAAUACAUAUACAGCACUGUCUAUAAUUAUGAUAACAAAGAUUAUUAUUAUAAAUUCUAUAUGUUUAAUUAAAAAUAUUUCAUUUAGA